GUCCGCGUGAAAGCAUGACAGCCCAUCCUAAGUUGUAAUUCUCUUCUCGCCCUUAUGACGUUUAUUUGCCUAGUACCUUUCCUUUGACAACCUUUCCAUCUGCUGAUCAUACUCUCGGCUUUAUUCAACAUCAAACAUGUCCAGGACGAAUACCUUCUACAGCCUCGGUGUAAUGCCUGCAUUGAUGGGGCUGGGGCAUCUGGCUCCAGCCAUAGGUGCUAUACAGACUGCAACCGGCUCGUAUCACUUUCCUGUGAGGCUACUUGGACUCAUUGGUACCAUAUCGGCUGUUGUUGACUGCAAGUCAUACUCUAAACUCUAUUCAAUUCCAUCCGAAGAAUAUGCUACUGACAAUCCCCUCUGUAGCCAUGGACACAUACAAAGAUCUCUCGCCAUCAAACCGACCUGCCAAGUGGAUAUGGAAUCUUUGGGUAUACGGCCUCUGGGCCAUUGUCCUGGCCUGUACUGCAACGUUAGACCUUCACACCAUAUACGACAUAUACCGUGUCCUACCUCUUGGUCUGGCUUGGGGAAUCCCUUGCGUCCCAUUGUACUCGAUCUCCAAGGGGUGGAUUCUAAGCAAGCCCAAAACUCUGCUCUUUGAAGCAAAGUCUUUGGUAGUCGCAUUCUGUAUGGCAAGUGUUUGUGCCGAAGCCAGCAUGGCUUAUUGCUGUCGACAAAAGGAGUACCAAUGUGCGAGCAGAGAUUUACGAGCAAGAAGCUUUUAUCUCGCCGUCUUAUACCAAUUCUUCCGUGAGACAUCAUGCGACAUCAGAGAUAUUCCGGAAGAUACCAAGGAAGGUCUCAAAACAUUGCCGGUUAAGCUUGGCAAACAAAACACGGUAUUACUCUUGGCUACGGUAGGCGUUUUAGCCGAAUCAUUACUCACUCACGGUAUCGACAUAACAACGUCAGGAAUUAACGUGAAAGCGCCAUUGAUUGCCCGUGCAUUCUUACGAGUUGGUCUGACAAUGACGUCGUAUUGGCAAGUUUUGAGGUUCCCCAGGCAGAACUCAUGGGCUUGGGGGUCUAUGUCACUUCUGGGACUGGCUCCGGUGCUUUUUGCACAAGCUGCUCUUCGUGACUGACUGAACAACAUUGAGGGGACGAUUCUGGAAAUCUCGAAAAUUCAUUAAGCCUGCAUAUGAAGAUCGUGAUGCGAACAACCGGGGAGUUUUGGAGACGCCCUUAGAUAUAGAUAGCGAUUGAAUAGAGUGCAAUCUGACAACGUCUCA